GUUGCAGCUGCUUUUGCCUUCAGAACAGACUCAAUUCGUCAGGGCAUGGACAAGAUCCCCUAAGCUUUCCACAGGAACGCUGGCCCACAGUUGUGUCAAGUUGGACGGAUGUCAUCCAGGAAAGGAGGGGUGCGUCACUUGAGUGGGUGGAGUCACUGACGUGGUCUUCCUGUCUGGGUUGGCUCCCCGCCUUGGGUUGUGCUGUGGCGGAGAUCUUUGUGGGCUAUACUCGGCGUUGUCGCAGGAUGGUAAGUUGGUGGUUGAAGAUAUCCCUCUAGUGGUGUGGGGGCUGUGCUUUGGCAAAGUGGGUGGGGUUAUAUCCUGCCUGUUUGGCCCUGUCCGGGGGUAUCAUCGGAUGGGGCCACAGUGUCUCCUGACCCCUCCUGUCUCAGCCUCCGGUAUUUAUGCUGCAGUAGUUUAUGUGUCAUGGGGCUAGGUUCAGUCUGUUAUAUCUGGAGUAUUUUUCCAGUGUCCUGUGUGAAUUUAAGUAUGCUCUCUAAUUCUUUCUUUCUUUCUCUCUCACGGGGGACCUGAGCCCUAGGACCAUGCCUCAGGACUACCUGGCAUGAUGACUCCUUGCUGUCCCCAGUCCACCUGGCCGUGCUGCUGCUCCAGUUUCAACUGUUCUGUCUGCGUUGGUGUGUGUGGACCAUGAUAAUUCCUUCGUGAUGUGGACCCCGGGGAACUUGAAGCUCACGACCUGAUCCACUUCAGCCCCUGUCCAGGUCCCAUAUGGCUACACCCUUACCUCAAAAGGGGCCUGGUCUGGCUGGUAUGCUCUCCCAGCAGCAGCAGUCCCACCUGCCCCCAGGCUUAGGCCCCAGCCAGCCUGCCAUGCUCCCUCAGGGAGCCCUGAGAGAGAUCUCCCCUGUGUUCCUCUGUCGAAUCGGCCAGGAGACCGUCCAGGACAUCGUCACACGCACCAUGGAGAUCUUCCAGAUCACAAGAGCCACACAGUUGCCUAACGGGGUAACCCAGAGCCAGGCUGUGUAUCAGGACCGUUUCGGGAAACUCCAGGAGCACCUCCGUCAGCUGGCCCUGCUUUUUCGCAAGCUCCGCCUUCUCUACGAGCGCUGUGUUGAGAUGACCUCUGACCUGCAGGAAGAACCUUCAGAGCUGGUGCCAUAUGUAAGGGAGGAGAUGGCCCCUGUGAGAGUGGAGCCCUGCAGUCCGGCUGUAAGCCAGGAGAGACAGGAAGUGCUGGAGAAGAUGAGGCAGAAAAACCAGGAGAUGAAGAUUCUGAUGGACCAGAUGAGGAACCUGUUAUGGGACGUCAACGCAAUGCUGACACUCAGGAAAUGAUAUCACAGAUGAACUCUCCCUCACUGCACUUCACAAUGCCCUCCAACUAGGGGCCAUGGGUUUUUCCUGACCCAGAAAACUCUUGGCCCUAGUACCUCCAACCAUUGUUGUACUUGUGUGAGACAGACUGCUAGAAGCUUUUGGUGAUCUACCUUUACAGUAUGGUGCUUUCAGAGACAUUGAAUGAACUGAGUUUACUACAAAUGUUUUGUACUGUCAGUAUCUUUUUUUCUUUUUUUUAACUCUGAUAUUAUGAGUUCAGACUUGCCAAGCCUCAGGUGAAUUUCCUGCCUUUUUUUGAGUGGUAAGCACUGACUCAGGACCAGCUAAAUAAACUUGAAUUCAGUGUUGUGAAUUUUACUCAGUGCACAAAAGACUGCUCUAGCUUUGUCCCAACUAGUGACUGUCACCUGUAAGCUGAGUUGAAGACAAUAGGAUCUCAUCGCCACUGGCAGCUAUUUAUCUCAGGUGUUUGUGUGUUUUAGCAUUAUUCUUGAGGUUAGCUUCCUGAGUGCUGGGCAACACCCCCCUGCUUACCUUAAGGGUUAAGAACCUUGCAUGCCGACUGCUGAGGAUGUGUGAAUCUAUUUUUGUACACUGCGCAUGAUCUCGGAGAAAGCACAAGCAAUAGGUUACUGAGUCUUUUUCUACAAAAUAAAUACGCUGUGAGAAAUGUC